GGUUCCCUUUUAUUAGGUAUAUCCGUGGUCUUACUACUUUUUCAUAAACGACAAAUUUUAUACUAAGCUUCUCUUGGUAGAGAGUAAUUGUGUUCUGUGCAACGCCUACUCACAUCUUCGCUUAAUAUCGACGUAUACAAGUAAACAGCCAAAAGUUUGAAGAGUUACAGUUUAUCUCAGGCAGAAUAAAACAGCAAUUAAAAAAAACAAAUAGAGCUUUCUCAUCUUAAAACCCUUGAUUCUCAACAUCAUGAAGAAAAAGGUACUUUUGAUGGGAAAAAGUGGCUCUGGCAAAACAAGUAUGAGAUCAAUUAUUUUUGCUAAUUAUAUAGCGAGAGACACAAGAAGGCUAGGAGCCACAAUUGAUGUUGAACAUUCCCAUGUCAGAUUUCUUGGUAACUUGGUGCUUAAUCUUUGGGACUGUGGUGGACAAGAAGCAUUUAUGGAAAAUUAUUUUGCAUCUCAAAGGGACAACAUUUUCCGUAAUGUUGAAGUUCUUAUUUAUGUGUUUGAUGUUGAAAGUAGGGAAAUGGAGAAAGAUAUGCAUUAUUAUCAAUCAUGCUUAGAAGCUAUAUUACAGAACUCUCCUGAAGCCAGAAUUUUUUGUUUGGUUCAUAAAAUGGAUCUGGUAGCAGAAGAGAGGCGAGAAGAGAUAUUUAAGGAAAGAGAAGAGGAUUUAAAAGGACUUUCUAAACCACUUGAAUGCACAUGCUUCAGGACUAGUAUAUGGGAUGAAACUUUAUACAAGGCGUGGUCGAGUAUAGUAUACAAAUUAAUACCCAAUGUUAAAGCAUUGGAGUCAUCAUUAAAACAGUUUGCAGCUAUUGUUGAUGCAGAUGAGGUACUGUUGUUCGAACGAGCAACAUUCCUAGUUGUAUCGCAUUGUCAGCGACGGCAGCAUCGUGACGCUCACCGCUUCGAGAAAGUCUCUAACAUUGUGAAACAGUUCAAGCUCUCUUGUUCAAAACUUGCCGCUCAGUUUCAGAGUAUGGAGGUACGAAACAGCGUGUUUGCCGCUUUUAUAGACGGCUUCACAAGCAACACAUACGUUAUGGUGGAGAUGUCUGAUCCAAAAAUCCCCUCUGAAGCAACUCUCAUCAAUAUUCGCAAUGCGAGGAAGCACUUCGAGAAGCUGGAGAAAGUAUCAUCGAGCACGAGUCAGUACCAAUGAGAUCCAGACAGCCUUGUGUUGAACACGUUAGCCAGUUCUGUAGCGAUAAGUGUGCUAAGCACAAGGGUCCUUUUGCCAAAGCAAAAUACUCACACAAAGAGUUUACUUUAACAUAAUAGCUGUGAACAUAACAACAUUUUUAAUAUCACUGUAUAAAAAUAAUUUUAACCACACUAGAUCUCCUAUUCACCAUUGAAAGUGACUUUGUUAUUAUAUUGUUUAAUUGAAUUCAGUAAUAUACAACAUAAUAUUAUUUCAUAAAAUAAUUAUAUAAUAUCUAAACCUGUUGAUCUAUCAGUAACUCAAUUUAUUUAAAGCAUUCUCAGCAUUGAAAACAAGUGUAAGUAGCGGCACGAAAGUCUAGCGGUGACCGUUAUUGCGCAUAAGUCGCGUCGUUGAGUCGCUUAUUGCGCAUAAGUGGCGCUGAUUGGCUCCCCAGUCGCAUUCGUGUGCGCCCCCUCUACGUUUCGUUCAGCGCUAGACUUACGUGCGGCGACUUGUAUAUAGCUGUAUCCAAUGUAACACUUGUGCACACACAGGUCUGAGACCCAAAAACUAGUAAUUUAUAUCUACAACUAGACUGCAAUUCAGUAGUAUCGGGGCACAACCAUAUAAAAGAGAAGAAAUAAACUUGAUUCCAACAAUAACCAAAUUGCGAUACUGCCGAGUCUCCUUAAUCGACAAGUGGGAGUGGGCCGUUUUAAUAAAAACAUAUAGUGCGGACAAAAUCUAAUUUUUUACAUAAAAGUCAAUAUUUUCUUUAAUGAAGCCAUUUAACAGUUUUUUUUAUAUGAAUCUAUUUUAAUUUUUUUAACAUGCUUUUCGGAAUUUAAAAACUUUGGCAUCAGUGCAAUACAAGGAAUACUUUAUCAAAUUAUACAAGUGGCAGUUGGGUAAAAAAUACGAGUUUGUUCUAAAUUAAAGUAAUUAGUAGUAAGUUAAAAAAAUCUUAUAUCGUAAAAGCAAGACGGUACAAAUUUUAGAAAACAAAUUCUUUUAUAACAUGAUAAUUUGGUAUUACUUUUUGGUAAUAAUAAUAUAAUAUUAUAUAAUAUAUAGCUUUUACGGAAAAUAUUCUAUAACGUAUUUGUUUAUUAAAAAAAAUACAGCAUAAAAAGGCAUAAUUCAAUGUAUGCAUGAUAAAAAUAGGUUAGGAAAACUACUUUUUUUAAACUGAUUUAACUUCGCAUUUUUUAAUAGAAUUAAAGUGACUAACGAGCACACAAUCCACCUGAUGGUAAGUGAAUGCUGUGGUCCAUAGACAUCUACUUUUAACCACCCUUGAGGACUAAUAUGUAAAGCCUCAUUUCCAGUACAAAGGGUCUCCGGUUCUAUACACUCACCAUACGAAAUACAGCAGCGUUAAUAAGCUGCUAUUUUACGCUGGUAUUCUAUGAGAACGUGGUUAUACUCCGGUCGAGCCAAAUCAUUCGUGCUACAAUCAUAAUAUAGCUGCUGCAAGGCUCUACCAGCGCACUGCCUACAAGGACGUUGUUAUACGCAAAAACUAAAUUAAAGACAUGUUCCCUUCUGAUUCUCUAGAAAAAAGAAAAUGUUCUUUCAUUCAUUUUUUUAUUUAAAUUUGUUAUUUAUUUUAUGUUCUAGCCGUAUUUUGUUUUAUUUAUCUACUCGUAUAUAUAAAUAAAAUAAUAAUGUUAAAAACGCGACAUCUCUGUUGUCAGUGAACCCAAUCCUAUUGUUAUCCUGUAUCUGCGUAGAGUAUCCAAAAAAAACUGUCGUCUGUAAUCUGUAUAUACUAUUGUGUAAUAUUUUUUGAAAAUUGCUAUGCAGUUGUUAAUAUAUAUGUUAUAUAUAUAGCUGAAUGUUAAUAAAUAAAAGUAAAGCCACACGGUGCGUUGCGGCUGUGACCUAGUGCCUAGGAUAAUAAAUGUAAAUAUAGAUGUUAUGAGUAUAAUAUAGAAUUGAGUAUAUGACGUCAUAGUUUCCUAUAGCCAAAAUCUAAUAUAACUCAAAAUAGAAAUCUAUCUAAUAUUGUUUUGUACAAAAAACGUUUAAAAAGGUACUACAACGUCGCUUUUUUAAUUGUGCAAGCAUCUAUGCAGAUUGUCUAUACUUCACUGAAUUGAAGGAGUAGCAUAGCUGUAAGCAAUUUUACUUCUGGGUUAAGUACAUAGUUUCCCUGAUUAGUGUUACGUUUGCGUCUACAGUCCAUUGCCUUUAUAAUAAUUAUUAAUGGUUGUAGAGACCCCGUGUGUCCACUACGGAUUCUUGUAUGUAUAUUUUUUUUAUAACUGGCUUUACGGCUCUGGGUUCUAGCCCUUCUGAGCCUGAAGUUAUAAUGUAUAAUUAUCCUUCAUAGUACACUGCUUCACAAUAUGUUGAUGCGUCACAUUGUGCAGUCCUUGGGAGAUUUUGACGGCAACUUGAGCCAGCAGACAGCUGACAGUUGGCGAUGGUAUCUCAAGGCGCCUAAGCAGACACCUUAUCUUGAGAAUCAUAUCACCAUCAGAGCACUUGUUUCACCGUUUCCACUAAUAGUUCACAUGCGUAGACACUUAAUACACAAAAUCACACCACUUUUACAUAUCAAAGUCCACUUCAAACCAUUAUUUAAACAAUAAUACAGGAGCAGCAAACCGCCGGUCAAGUUCCCGCCAAAACUCCCGUUGUAUACAUAUAUAGGACCACUGGCAUUGGGACGUUUUUGCAACGCACCGGACGGCCUCGCUCUAAUGCAAAAAAAAUAUAAUUAUUUGUUUUUAGGUAAUUAAAGAUAAGUAUAUUACUGUGAUUGAUUUUUUUGGUUUGAGGUUUUAGUUUAUGAACAUUAACCUUUAUAUUAUAUAUUAUAUUUGUUGUCUAUUUAUUGCUAUCAUAUUAAUAAAAAUAUAUAUCUGUAAAUUUUCUCAUUUACUAAACUGCAUUCCAAAACAUAAAACAUGUUUAUUCCCAUUAAAUAUGUAUUAAACUCAGGUGAACAAUUUUUUAUUUUCGAUUAUAUGUUUUACUUAUACUUGUUUUCUUGAUGGUGAGGAAAGGUUCUCGAGUGGCGGCAGCCUCCUACUGGAAAGUAACACGUACAGAAAAAAAAACAGAAACAUGCAAGUAGUUGAUGGAUGCAGGUGGCCCAAGGCCAUACACUGUGCUGAUCUGUGGGGUAACCUUCAGAUUCAGCAACGGACUUGUGAUAAUGAUUUUACUUAUUAAAUAUAAUAAUCUAUUAAAAAUCUAUAAAGAACAUUUUACUAUCAAUUUAAACAAAUUUGUCUAAUUUGUCUAUUUUAUUAAAUUAAAUAUCUUUGUUUAUUAUUUU